GACCAAGCAUCGCCUACUGGAUUUCUCUCAGCCUUAUGGCGAUGAUAGCGGUCUUUACUUCGUAGUCUGUGGUGUUAUUUCUGAAAUGAUGUACGGCCGGCAAGGAACCCUGUCUUUGUUUUGUAUGCUUUUCUUUUGCGUCUCCUGGUGUCAAACUGAAAACAAGUAUUCUAAAGAGGCGAACCAGCCUGAACUGCUGGAAGAUGGAGAUAAAGAGUCUUGGAAAAAUAUGGGCAAGCCAUUUCGUCUUGCCAAAAUAAAUUUAAUUUGGUCAAAAGCCCAAAAGAGGCUAACGGAAUUCAAGCUAAAAACUCUCUUUAGUGAACUAAAGGUACAGGAUAAAGAAGAACUGCAGCUCAAGCGCCUGAAAGCUGACAACUUGGACAAAGAUGGUCUUAAGGAAGCUGAGUUAAGGAAUAAAUUUAGUAGUAUCAUAGAGCGCUAUGGCUUGGCUGACCACUUUGACAAAGAUAUGUCCAAUUCUGAAUCAAACAAUGCUGACGGCCAAGUCAAUAGCCACAAUCUUUUCAAAGAUAAAAAGUUGAAUAAACUAUGGUCUAAAGCCGAAAGUGCUGGAUUCACAGAAUCUGAACUGAAAUUGCUCAAGGAUGAAUUUGCCCAUCACCAGGAGAAAGUAUUGCAAUAUUACAGCCUCUUGGAAGAGCACAACAGUAGGAAGCUACGAGAAGAAAAUGCAUUUGUUAAUGAAGCCUUUAUGGAAAAUCUUCAAGAUUUGGAAGAUAAAGCUGAGACAACAGUGGAAAACUUGGCUGUUGAAGGAGUGAGAAAUACCCAUCGAGAGUUGAAGAAUGGUUACGACCGGCUUGAACGCAUGACCCUGUUGGGCCCCAAAAGCAGGGAUUUCGAAGAACCAAAAGUUCAGGGUCUGUGGAAAAUAGCUCUCAAGGGCGAUUUCAGCUCUGAAGAGUUGGAGUCUCUCCGCACCGAGUUGCGUCAUUACGAGCAACGGUUGCAAAAGCUACGUUUCAUCCAAGCUCAACACUCGCUGCAACAGGCAAAGAGGGAAACUGGCAACGACAAAAAUAAUUCUGAAGAUGUCAAUGAUCUGCGCCAGAAAAUCAAACUGCAAUCUCGCAAAGUGGAAAAGUUGCAUGCAGACUUGGAGGCUCGCAUCACGCAACGCCACCUUGAGCUGUGAAAAAAUUUUCUAGGCGGUUUUCCAUUGGAUAAUUUAUAAUCAGUACAAGGACGCUUGGUGUCCAACUUUUCAUUGUACUUUACAUGUAUACUUCUCAAUAAACGUAAUGCUUUUUUCUGCCAGA